AUGUCCGGAAACAACAAAGAUCAGACCUCUACCCUCCAGAGCGUGGUCGACCAGGCCAGCGCAGCCAUCUCCUCUGGGAUCGCUUCCUUGACCGGCAAUCCCACCGACCAGCGCGAAGCAGACACCAAGCGCGCCACCGCCGAGGCCGAGCAUGACCUCUCCCACACCGCCGUUAAAGCCGGACCCUUCACCGCCAACGCCUCGGGCGGCGUCGCAAAGGACGACCCGAACCGCUCAGCGGGUUCUUGGAACCAGACCAUGGGCUCAGCGAAGGAAGCUGUCGGUGGACUCGUCGGCGCUGAGGGCUUGCGCCAGGAGGGCAUCCGACAGAACGAGGAGGGCAAGGGUCAGGAGGCUGAGGGCCAGGUUAAGGAUUUGGGCAAGGGCCUCAGCGACCGUGUUGGCGGAACCAUCGGUGGUGCGGUUGCCGGGUUGACUGGCAACGCCGCGCAGCAGACCGAGGCGCAGAGGCAGCAUGACGAGGGCAAGGCGCGACAGAGGGGCGUGGAGGCUGACCUGCAGAAGCAGGCGGAGCAUGAUAAGAAGAUGUGA